CAUAUGGGUGUGUUUAAUUCCCACGAGAUCCACUCCUUGUUUUCUGUGUAUCCCAGGGGUUGGAAGGCAGCUGAAAGUUCAAACAGAGACACACUCCGUCAUGCUCUACAUGGCAAGAGCUCAGAGAUUAAGGGGUUUGUCUGUACCACAAACAGCAAGCACUGCUCACAGUCCCGAACUUGGCCGAACAGAAGGAGAAAGGAACCAAGAUAAGGACUUGAGGGGGGUUUUUUUGUUGCUUUUUAAUUAGUUUCAGCUAUUAGAUUUUUUUUGCUAAAUGUGGAACCAAUUUUGGGAGGAAUGUUUUUCCUGCAUGGGACAAGAACUGUUGACAAGUUUAAUGUGGAGAGAAAAACGGCUAUAAACGAAAUGCAUGGGUGAGUCUGCUGAGUAAACGAGCCUGAGGAUGCAGGUGGUACCAAGGCUUUGCAAUAACUUGUUUGAAGUGUUUUUUUUCUUGUGUCAAAGGUGAAGGAUUAUGCCUGGCAUAGGAAUUUAGGCUUCAAAUGAAGGACUUUAUGAGCUGACUCUCGGCUCCCCAUUCAGAGAAUGGCCUGUGUUACAUGCUUGUUUUAGUGAGUGAAUGAGGAACUGUGCGGGGAUCCAUUUGAGUCAAGUGUGAUGCUUUUCCUUAGCAGUGGGACAGUGAAUGGGACUACAAAGAGUACCACUACUGGGCAACUGCAGCAGGGGAUAACUGCCUACCACAUCUCUGUAAUCCUGAAAGAAACUCAAAGAGAUGCCGCUGUGUCAGAGCCAAAAAUGGGCCGUGCCACUCACAACCUGGUGGAGAAUUGCCAGUCAGAAGGAGAGGUAAUGGAUCUGGUGCCAAUGGAGAACAGCCCGAAGCUGGGCAGGGCACGACAGGAGCUCGACAGGUGGCCCUCCUUAAGCCGCACGAGCAGAGCCGAGAGGCAAAGAAGAGAGGAGGUUGUUCUGGAGGAGAGCAAGGAAGAGGUGAAGGGAAGAAUGAGGACAGACAGGUUUUUGAAGCAACGCUUCAAGAACUCGUCACAACACCGCAGAGACACGGCAGAGCUAACAGCUCGGACAGACACCCUUAAGCAACAGAGGUCAACGUCAUGCUCCGUGACGGUUUGCGGCGAGGGGCCUGUCCUCCGGGGUCAUGCCGCCGUUACGGAGCACAGCUCUCUGCCACGGGCCAUGUUACGAAGGCCUCAUCGGGAUAAAGCUGCGCUCGGGAGGAGAACAAUAAGUAUGUAUGGUGGCCCAGUCGAGCAGCAAAGAGCUUCUCAGCCAGAGCAAGAACGACGGCUGCCGAGGCCAGGGAGCGUUUGCGUGCUGCCAGGCUCGGUCACAUCAGAGUCUCUGGCCCAGCAACUCUUUAAAAGAGUGGAUGUUUCAGAAAACAAUCAACAGCACAGGAGUUGGAAAGAUGAGUUGAGGGCAGUGGAUGGCCUCAGUUCUGUGGCUCAACAGUCAACAACACCUGAUGUGAUUAUCCGAGGCCGCCAGAGGAACUGGAAGACCAGACCUGUCAGUAUGACAGUACUGGAACUGAGAAAAAUAGGAUCUGAUGAGGAGAUUGAGAGGAAGAUGGUCUCUGGUCACUUUGGCAAUGGAGGAUUUUUCAAAGGGAGUUUUCGCUGGAAACUUUUUGGCAAAACACCUCAGGACAGAAGCAAGGACAAGGAAACAGACCAAGAUGCUAAUUCAUCCCACAAACCCAUCAAAACAGAUUCUUCUAAAAGUACCUUUAACUCUUUAAAAAGGAGCUUUAGUUUGCGACUCAAACGGGCUCGGACCCAUGACAAAAUUAAUAUAGGGCCUGAGGGGGAGUUGAAGGAGGACUGUCAAAUUAAAAACUCUAUUGAAGAGACAACAUUGCCUCCACAUCCUUUUUCGUAUCUCACAGGAGGAUUGCUUCCGGCUUCCGCUGAGCGCACAGAUGAUGGAGGGAUGCAGUACAUUCAAUGCCACAGCAGAGGAAAGGAUAAUGUAUUAGAGGUACCCCUAAAUCCACCAAAACUUGCAUCCAAACCAGUUCGGGAAGCACAAAGCUUAUGGCAAUACAUAGCUAGCCGUUUCAGGAGAAAAGAGCAGCCACAAGACUGUGAAUCUAAGCUCCCUGAAAACAAAGAGCCUGGAGAGAAGAAGACAGAGCCAAUCACCAUAGAGACUCUGGCAGGCACUGAGUCCCACAAAGGUCAAGAUUCUUUCGUCAACAGCCAGGAAUGGACAUUGAGUCGAUCAGUUCCCGAGCUGAAAGUGGGCAUUGUGGGAAAUCUGUCCAGUGGGAAGUCUGCCUUGGUGCAUCGAUACUUGACAGGCACAUAUGUGCAGGAGGAGUCUCCUGAAGGUGGACGCUUCAAGAAAGAGAUCGUGGUGGACGGUCAGAGCUACCUACUUCUCAUCAGAGAUGAAGGGGGCCCUCCAGAAUUGCAGUUUGCUGCCUGGGUGGACGCCGUGGUUUUUGUCUUUAGCCUGGAGGACGAGAUCAGCUUUCAGACAGUCUACAAUUACUUUCUGCGCCUAUCCAGCUACAGAAACACAGCUGAGGUGCCCAUGGUCCUUGUUGGAACACAAGAUGCAAUCAGUGCUGCCAACCCCAGAGUGAUUGAUGACGCCCGGGCCAGAAAAUUAUCAAAUGACCUGAAGCGCUGCACAUACUACGAGACCUGCUCCACCUAUGGCCUGAAUGUGGAGAGAGUCUUCCAGGAUGUUGCCCAGAAAGUUGUGGCCAUGAGGAAAAAGCAGCAGCUCUCUAUUGGUCCCUGUAAAUCCCUCCCUAACUCUCCCAGCCACUCAUCAGUGCCAGCUGCAUCCAUCCCCUCUGUUCACAUUAACCAGGCAGCCAAUGGCGGGGGUGCGUUCAGCGACUACUCCUCCUCCGUUCCCUCCACCCCCAGCAUAAGCCAGCGGGAGAUGCGCAUCGAGACCAUCGCUGCCUCCAACACGCCCACGCCCAUCCGUAAGCAGUCGAAGCGCCGCUCCAACAUUUUCACAUCGCGGAAAGGCAGUGAACAGGCAAAGAGCGUUGAGAGUAAAACAGACAGCAUAGGCAGUGGGAGGGCCAUACCUAUCAAACAGGGAAUCCUUCUGAAGAGAAGUGGCAAAUCCCUCAACAAGGAGUGGAAAAAGAAAUAUGUCACACUGUGUGAUAAUGGCGUCCUCACUUACCACCCCAGUUUACAUGACUACAUGCAGAAUGUUCACGGGAAAGAGAUCGACUUGUUGAGGACGACGGUCAAAGUUCCSGGGAAGCGACCCCCCAGAGCUGUGGCAACUGUGGCACCCAGUGCUAGUCCCAAAACCAACGGGUUGACCAAGGACCGCAGCGCCCUGCAGCUUGGCAUCGGAAACACAGGUGCGCCUCACUCCAACAGCAGCAUCUCCCUGCAGACGGGCGGGCUGGCGUUUGGCGGCAGCAAAGACAGCAUGCACCAGCGCUCCUUCUCCGUGUCCAGCGCCGACCAGUGGAAUGAAGCCAUCAACACCAGUACGAGCGGCGUUGCCCCCGAUGGGAUGAGCGAUCCUGCAAACGCCAGCAUGGGCAGCGCCACAAGUCCUAAACUCGAGCCGCCUCCCUCUCCCCACGCCAACCGCAAGAAACACAGGCGGAAAAAGAGCACAGGCAUCACAAAGCCAGACGGCUUAUUUGCAGGCAACGAUGAACAAGAAGAUUCCUUUGAGUUCAUUAUUGUGUCGUUGACGGGUCAGACGUGGAACUUUGAAGCCACUACUUAUGAGGAGAGGGAGCUAUGGGUGCAAGCAAUAGAGAGCCAGAUCUUUGCCAGCCUGCAGUCCUGUGAGAGCAUCAAGAACAAGUCUCGGUUAGGCAGCCAAAGUGAUGCAAUGGCCAUUCAGUCCAUACGAAACGUGAGGGGGAACAGCUUUUGUGUGGACUGUGAUGCACCCAACCCAGAUUGGGCCAGCUUGAACUUGGGUGCCCUGAUGUGCAUUGAGUGUUCAGGCAUCCACAGGAACCUGGGCACCCACCUGUCUCGCGUGCGCUCUCUGGACCUGGACGACUGGCCGGUGGAGCUCAGCAUGGUGAUGACGGCGAUCGGCAACGCCAUGGCCAACAGUGUGUGGGAGGGCGCUCUGGAGGGCUACGCCAAGCCGGGGAGCGACAGCACCAGGGAGGAGAAGGAGCGCUGGAUCCGAGCCAAGUACGAGCAGAAGCUCUUCCUGUUGGGGCUGCCCCAGUCGGACGUUCCUCUGGGGCAGCAGCUGCUCCGGGCGGUGGUAGAGGAUGACCUGAGGAUGGUGGUGCUGCUGCUCGCCCACGGCACCAAGGAAGAGGUCAACGAGACUUACGGGGACGGCGACGGACGCACCGCGCUGCACCUCUCGUGCGCCAUGGCCAAUGUUGUCAUCACGCAGCUGCUCAUCUGGUACGGUGUGGAUGUGAAAAGUCGGGAUGCUCGCGGCCAGACGCCCCUGUCCUACGCCCGACGAGCCGGAAGCCAAGAGUGCGUCGACAUUUUACUCCAACACGGCUGCCCCAAUGACUCCAGCAGCCUGACCUCGGCGCCCGCKUCCAGCAUCAGCCUCCGCAACCCCAACAUCAACAACAACAACGCCCAGUGCGAGCUCAACCGCAGCAUCAGCAUCAUGUAGAAGCCAGAUCGCAACUGCAGACAAAAACACACAAACACAAAAAAAGAAAAACAGCCCACCUGUGUCUCUUCUUCCUCCUUCCUGUUUCACACUGUGUAACCCAGAAUCUGUACAAACAGACGUAUCAGGAGAGAUCGACUUACUGUUCAUAUUUCACUGCGCUGCAAGUUUGGAUUUGAAGAUUGUGCAUUUUGUUUUUUUUUAAUAUAUUGGUAAUUUUGUUUCUUAAAUUUAUUCAGUUUUGGUCUGAGACGAUGAUGAUUAGCUUUAAGCUUUUGUGUUUUUUGUUUUUCUUGAUAUGCAUCAACCAAACAAAUGUUGACUUCCUUCUGGCAUUCAUAUCUCCCCUUAAAAAAAAGCAUUUCCCUAAUGUUUGAACAUUUCCUAUUAUGUCUUCCCUUCAUUGUGAUAUGAAUUCAGCUUACAUUGAGUAGGAAAAAAAUCCUCUUUCUUGCCUAAGCAAAAUAAGAGAACUGUAAAGUGUAGUUGAACUGAGACAAACUAAAUCUCUGUGGCUGCUACAGUUUCCAUAAUGAUGCAUGUCUCCAACACAGCUAUCAAAACUCUUGACGUGUUAUUCAUAUACAAAGGCAWAGCAAUUAUAGUUAAAGAGACCAAAUGAUUUAGACACUUAAUUCGCAGCCAAAUGGAUUCCGAUUGUCAUAAAGGAGCUGAUUGCAGAGUUCCCAUUGGCUAAAAGCAAGUCGUUUUCUUUGCCACAAUCCUUCAGUAAAAGUGUCCGUGACCAUGAAGGAAUUAACACGAUGAAUGUUUUACAACCAUUAAGCCACGUGGCUUUGUAAGCGCGUGCCUCUUCAAUCAGAAUUCAUUCAGAUUCAAAGGUUUGAUUGGAGCUACGAAAUUCUACCAUUAUGAUCUCUUUGUUGGAAUAAUUUUAGGAUUGAAAGGAUUGUGUUGGUAAUUGUUUCACAGAUUCUCUAAAGUUCAGACCGAAAGAUCCUCCUGUGGCAGAAAGAUGUAAAACUGGUACUCUACAGAUCAUAUCCAAUAUCGUUGCUGUGAAAUCCAUAUGUGGUACUGUCCGUCUCUGUGAGUCUGUGAGUGUGUGUGUGUUUGGACAUAGUGUGCUCCAUCUACGUCUAUAAAUGUACGCAGCAGCGAGCGCCGGGGCAUUUCUGUUUAUAAAGGACUCUAGAGAGCAAGACGCCUACAGUGAAGAUUCAGGAACAUAACUGUGUUUUAUUGUACAGAUUUCUGUAAAGAAAAAAAAAGUUAGUUCAUGUUCCUUUGCCUUACUCCUUACAAGAACUGUCCGACCCUUCUUAGAUUUUUAGUCAAUAUAAAAUAGCUGUGUUCUUCUCCUUAAGGCUUUCCCGUCCUGAGAAAGGUGUCCGUCUGAGAGCAGGGAGCGAAGAAAAACACAUUUAUGUGACUGAAGAACGGGCUGUAAAAAGGGAUGUCAAUCACAAAAUAUUUAUAGAAGGAAGUAUAAUAAGUUUUUUAUUUAUAUAAAUGUACAGUAUUCCACAGACAUGGUAAGCCACUUCCUUCUUUUUGAUUAAUAAUUUGAAUACAAAAUAAAAAACUUCAGGUAGAGUUUUCAACUAUUUGUAAGGUUUUGAAACAUGUUGAUUUUGUUGGUUUACAAAGGCAGAUUGUGUUUUUUGUUGUUUACAGUCCAAGUAAUUACAUGGUACCUAAUCUGUAAUAUUUUUGUUGUUGCUUUAACAGUUUAUUAUUAUUAUUAUUAUUAUUAUUGGUUUUCAACAAAAAAAAAAUGUGGUUACAAGACGAAGCAGUGAUACUGUGAAGGAGUAAUUUAACUUUUUUUAAGGAGUAAAAGGCUGUGCCAGUUCCUAAUAAGGACUCCUUUACAAUGAUUUAUUAAUGCACACUUUAUGUUAUUAAACAAUGUUCAUACAAUGAAGCAAGCUCACUAUUUCUCAUAAUUGACAUUUGAAAUAUCCAUAUGUUCCACGUAAGUGCUACGAUACAAAGUUUGUUUUGGCAAAAUAAAAUAAUUUAAAGUGAGCUGAGCAAUAAUCAUUUGUUCAUUCAGCAAAUAAAAUUUGAUUGAAUGAAUAAAUUAAUAUAAAUGCCGCACUUGAGCUUGCCAAAUAGAGAGCCUGUUUCGGAAUGUGAACAGUGUUUUAUAAAUAACUUGUUAAUGCUUUAUAAGGUAGUAACCAACUCAUAUUUAUAAAGCAUUCAUAAUUUAUUUUUAAAGGAGCCCUUGUGACGUGGUACCAAAAAUACUUCUGAAUUUUACACUACCAUGCAUUUGCAGCCCAUCCUCCUCUCUCUGAGAAACACAGGCAAACAUUUUAUACACAACACUCUUGGUAAACAAGUAAACAAACAAGGAUUUGGCUGCUGAAAGCAGAAAGCUAAAGUAGCUUCCUGCUUCUGUAAGAAGUGUACCGAAACAAAUGUCCAACCACAACAGCAGGAAAAUGAAGUUUGCGGAAAGAAAAAAAGACAUUUUAGUGCUUUUAUUUUGAAAAGUGGUUCAUUAUGAUUAACAUCUUCCAUUUUUUUAGGUGACUUCACAAGUAUUUGUUGCCAAAGAUUGAACUUUUCCUGCAGGAUUUUCAGCCUUUAAAUCAAGUGUUUUCUCUUGUAUGCUUGAUUUUUCUAUUAUUAUUAUUUUGAAACCGAGACAUUUGAUUGGCUCUCAUGUCACCUUUUACAUCCUGACAUGGAGCUGAGAGGAGGAACAGAGAUAAUGUAGAUUUAUAAACCACUUGAAAAAAAAAAAGCUUAAAGUUUAUUGUUAAAUUCUGGCACUGUUCCACCUUUCACAUAAGCUAAGAUGACUGAUUAGCUCUCGCAGCUGUGUUUGUGAACAGAGGUGUAGCCGAAUUGUGGUUUGGGUACUUUGUAAAAGUUUAACAAAACUUGGAUGUGUAAAUCAUGAAAUUCUCCAAUUUUUUUGAAGCCUCAAAGAAACAGCCAUAAAUGUAACCUGAUACCUUUUUUUUAAAAUCUACUCGUACUGUACUGUGAUAUCAGCCUUAUUUCUGAUCUUUACUUGACCAACAUAUUCCACUGCGCACAUUUCAUUGUCCAGUGGGAUGAGCUCAAAUGUGUACAGCGACUACCGGAAUCCUUAUUUACAUACUGUAGAUGAUAGGAAUAAAAUAAUACAAAAAGAAAAAAAAACAUUAGAAACUUGCCUGUUUGAACCCACAUACAAUAUGAAGUGUAAAUAGUGCUUUUAUCUAAAGGUGAGAACUUCCUGGAGAAACAAACUGAACUGGUUUUGGUCAUCUUGAUCCAUAAAACCACUUUGAUAUGUCGUUUUUUUUUAAACAUAUUUUAAGUCCUUUCUGUUGACAUUAACCAUCUUUUGGUACUUGUGUAUAAUGAUGUACAUUUGACAUAUUUAUAAUGCAGUAUGUAAAUAUCUUUUUGUGUGUGUUUGUUUUCAGGUUUUUUUUUUUUUUCCAGUUGUAUUUCAUUUUAUGUUUGGAGCGUGAAACAAGGCAAAGACUAAAGAGUAACAUGUUGUAUGCUUGGAUGCUUGGCUGACUGUUGACCUAUUAAUAAAUACUCAAAUAAAACAAUGUAGCCAUCCCUGGAUUUGGGGGAAAUUGA